UGAUGUCUGAGUGUGUGUACGCGUGUGCGUGCACAGUGGUAGUGCACGAGAAGUGCAGUGGGGUAGGAGAGUAGCGGCGGAGUAGGUUUAUAUACGAUUGUCAGCCGUAUGUCUGACGCAGUUCGAACUCGGGGUUGUGCCGGGCAGCAAGGAGGAUGCUCGCGUUUCUGUUCGUGGUCGCCCUUGCGGCGCUAGCAAAGGCCGGUGAUCUGGGCUACGCCGCUGCCCCUGCAGUGUCCUACGCCAGCUACGCCCCUGUCAAGGCGUACGCCGCCCCAGUUGCGUACGCGCCGCCCGCCUACACCGUCGCCAAGGUGGCUGCUCCCGUGGCCAUUGCGAAGGUGGCCGUCCCCGAGCCCUACGACCCCAACCCUGCGUAUGCUUUCUCUUACGGAGUGCAGGACCCGACCACGGGCGAUGCGAAGCAGCAGAAGGAGGAGCUCCACAACGGCGUGGUGCAAGGCGUAUACUCGCUCGUUGAGCCUGAUGGCACUACCCGCACCGUGCACUACACGGCCGACCACGUGAACGGCUUCAACGCCGUGGUCGACCGUCAGCCCGCCAAGGUGGCUAUCGCCAAGGUGGCUGUCGCCCCGGCCAUUGCAAAGGUGGCGGUCGCAUCGCCGCACUCUGCCUACUCCGUAUACCACUGACUCCGCCUCGCCAGACUAGUCCCAGUAAUUUAUUGUCAUUAUUAUUGUAUUCAUUCAUAUUAUUGAUGUCGCGUCGCCCAUAAGUUGUUACUUGCAAUAAAGACGAUAACGUCUUC